AGGCAUGAGCCGAUAGCUCAACACAACACAACACACCAACAAACAUCAUAAGUUCAUAAUUAACCUCUUUCUCCCAAGUGGUCAUUUGCCAACAUGAAAGCCCUCGCACUCUUCUUCGUACUUUCCCUCUAUCUCCUCGCCAACCCAGCUCAUUCCAGGUUCAAUCCCAUCCGCCUCCGCACCACCCAUGAAACGGCGUCGUCCGAGACUCCGGUGAUGGACAUCAACGGAGACGAAGUCCGGGCCGGCGGAGAUUACUACUUGGUCUCCGCCAUCCGGGGAGCCGGCGGCGGAGGCCUGAGACUCGUCCGGUUGGACUCGUUUAACAAAUGCGCCAGCGACGUGAUCGUAUCCCGGAGCGACUUCGACAACGGCGACCCCAUUUCCAUCACGCCGGCGGCGGACCCGGAAGCCACCGUCGUCAUGCCGUCGACGUACCAGACCUUCAGAUUCCACAUCGCGACGAACAAACUGUGCGUGAACAACGUAAACUGGGGGAUCCAGUACGACAGUGAAUCUGGGCAAUAUUUGGUGAAAGCCGGCGAGAUGGUCUCCGACAAUAGCAACCAGUUCAAGAUUGAGGUGGUCAACGAGAACCUUAACGCUUACAAAAUCACUUAUUGUCAGUUCGGCACCGAGAAAUGCUUCAACGUUGGCAGAUACUAUGACCCGUCGUUUAGGGCUACGCGUUUGGCUCUCAGUAAUACUCCCUUCGUGUUUGUGAUCAAACCUAGUGGUGAUAUGUAAUGAGCACCGGUGUUAGUUGAGGUUGUAUGCAUGGUACGUAGCUAUGCUAAAUAAGUAACGUUGCAACUUUGACAACGUUGUACGUACGUGUAAGAAUAAACAUGCAAUAAAUCCGAGCUCGUUGUGUUGUGUAAUUAUUAAGUAUCUUU